AUGGCACAUUCUUCAUCAUGUUCAUCAACAUCAUUGGCAAAAUGUGACAGGCCACAAUUUGUUUUGUUAAUAGUAUUAUAUUUAUUGCAAGGGAUCCCUACAGGGUUGGCCUUUGGAACAAUGCCAUUUUUAUUGAAAACCAUAACUAAGUCAACAACAUUCACACAGAUUGGGAUAUUUAGUAUGGCAACAUAUCCAUAUUCCGCAAAAAUAUUGUGGUCACCGAUUGUAGACUCAAAGUAUUUGACCAAGGUUGGAAGAAGAAGAAGUUGGAUUAUUCCAAUACAAUUUUUAAUUGGGAUUAGCUUGUUGAUUCUGGGAAGCGGUGGCUUAAUUGAAAAAUUAUUUCCAGGAGUUGAUUCAAACAGUAAUGCAAUGCUCGGCGAUAUUAAUAGCAAUAAAAGUGUUAACAUUCAUGGAUUGACUAUAAUUUUUUUCAGUUUAAUCUUUUUGUGUGCAACACAGGAUAUUGCAGUUGAUGGAUGGGCAUUGGAGAUUUUAAGCCCGCAAAGCUUGUCGUAUGCAUCUACAGCGCAAACCAUAGGAUUGAAUAUUGGAUAUUUCAUGUCUUUUACACUUUUCUUAAGCCUUAACUCUAGUGACUUUGUCAACAAAUACUUUAGAUCUACACCUUUAGAGUACGGUUUUAUUUCGUUAACGGGUUAUUUUAAAUUUGUUGGUUGGCUUUAUAUUCUAGUAACUUUAUAUGUUAUUUUCAAAACGAAAGAAAAUCAAUUGGCCGUUGAACAAUCAUCGCAUAUUUUACCUAUUUCAAGGAAAAAAUUAGAUGAGGUCGAGCACAUCGAGCUAAACGCUGUCAAUGCUAUGGUAUUGGCUCCAGAAAAUGACAAUAUGAUUAAUGACAUAAUUUUACCAUCAUCGGAGAACUCCUUAUCGCAGCAACACAGUUUGACCAAUGUUUAUGAGUCCUUCAAACAUAUAAUUAAAUUGAAAAAUGUUCAAACAUUGGUUAUUAUUCAUUUGGUAUGUAAAUUCGCAUUUCAAUGCAAUGAUUCGGCUACGCAAUUGAAAUUGCUCGAAAGGGGCCUAAAAAGAGAAGAUUUGGCCAUCACUGUAUUAUUUAACUUCCCAUUUGAAUUAAUUUUUGGUUAUUAUGUUGCUAAAUGGAGUAUAGUAAGGGAUUCUGGUUUAAAUAGUAGUAAUUAUCCAUAUGGCAAUGCUUCUAUCAACAAACGAAACAAGCUUUUUUACAAAUUAAUGCAAGUUAGCUGUGGUGAAAGAGGUAGUUUAACUCCAUGGUUGAUUGGAUACUUGGGUAGGAUCUUAGCAGCAUUGAUGGGUAAUUUUGUUGUUUGGAGUUUCCCCACUGCAUCUACUAACGAUACAACUGCGAUUAUAAUACCCAAGAAAUAUUUUGUCUUGGUAAUUGCACAUAAUCUAUUUGGUUCCUUUAUGAAUACUAUUCAAUUUGUAUGUAUAUGUGCAUUCCAUACAAGAAUCGCAGAUCCAUUAAUUGGUGGGACGUAUAUGACUUUACUAAACACCUUAAGUAACUUGGGCGGUACAUGGCCUAAAUUUUUUAUUAUGAACAUGAUUGACAAGUUUACUGUAAAAAGUUGCGAAAAGCGUGAUGAGCCAUGUUAUAUAGUAAGAGAUGGAUAUUAUGUCACUAAUCUAUUUUGUGUGAUGUUCGGUGUAUUGAUAUAUUUUGGAUUCAUUAAAAAAAAUGCCAAUUAUUUACAAAAACUACCAAUAUCCUCAUGGAGAAGAAGUAAUACCAUGUAG